UUCCUUGUGAGGUUGAGUCUGUGAUAAAGAAAGUAUACGGUCUCUCGAUUUGUUUCUUAAGAAAUUUGUGGGAAUUGGGUAUGAUACUGCAAAAUGGGUGAUUAAUCCCAAGCACUUCUGGCUAGGCGGAAAGAUAUGGGAUUCCUUGUGGUGGUUCCCUCUUGAACUGUGCAAAUAUUACCCUUGCUGUACUGAUUUCCCCGUGAGAGAUGGAUGGAAACGUCUGCAUCUCAACUAGAAUCACACGGUUGAUAUGGUGUAUCGGGCGAUUUCGUAACAGUGGCCAAUGGUGUGAAGAUAAUGACUAAGGAGGUUAAAUACCUAUAAAUCGAAACAUUAUCAGAUGUAAUCAUGGAAUGUUCUCUCCCUGUCUCAACCCAAAAAGAUCGGCUCAUCCCAGGAUUCAAGUCCAACUUCCUUCCUCCAAUUUCUCCUUUGAAAUUUGCGAGGCAUCAUUUACUUUUCAGGCACACUGAUAAACAAUAUGCGUACAGUUGUCCUUGCCGUUCAUCGCUGAAGAUCGUUAAGAAUCCUUCAUUGGACAAGCAUGUGGUGAGGCAAAACAAAAUUCGCUUUGUUCUGAAACUGAAAACACUGCUCCUCUCUAAACCCAAACACUUCAUCCCGCUUCAUAUUCUUUCCAAAUGCCGGUCCUACCUUUCACUCUCAGAUUCUCGCUCUAUUCUCUCUAUGAUACAUCGAUAUCCAACUAUUUUUGAGCUCUUUACCAUCCCUACACCACCCACACCAUUUAAUGCAACGAAGUCGUGCUUGCAGCUCUGUGUUCGUCUCACGCCAGCUGCAUUUGCUCUCGCAGCCCAAGAAUCCAAUCUCAAGUCAGCUCUAUCCAAUGUCCUGGCUGCCAAACUGCAGAAACUUCUUAUGCUCUCUUCUCACCAUCGCCUUGUUUUAUCCAAACUGGCUCACCUUGCCCCUGAUCUGGGUCUACCUCCAAAUUUUCGUUCUCGCCUUUGCAAUGAGCAUCCAGAUAAAUUUAAGACUGUUGAUACAUCCUAUGGCCGUGCUCUUGAGCUCGUCUCGUGGAAUCCAGAGUUGGCUAGACCACUAUCAUUCACAGAAGUUGAUUCUCGUGAGCUCAUAGUCGAUCGGCCAUUGAAAUUCAAGCGCUUAAAACUCCAGAAAGGGCUGAAUUUGAAGAGACGCCAUCAGGACUUCUUGAUCAGGUUCAGGGAGUUGCCAGAUGUAUGCCCCUAUACCACUGUUGCAUCAGAGCUAAGGAAAGAAUCCAUUGAGGCAGAGAAGAGAGCAUGUAGUGUUGUACGUGAGAUUUUGGGCAUGACAGUUGAAAAGAGGACUUUAGUAGACCAUUUAACUCAUUUCAGGAAGGAUUUUGCUCUCCCUAAUAAGUUGAGAUCUAUGAUUAUAAGGCAUCGAGAACUGUUCUAUGUUAGCUUGAAAGGGCAGAGGGAUUCGGUCUUUCUAGUUGAAGGAUUUGAUGACAAUGGUGCACUUUUGGAGAAGGACCAGUCUUUAGUUAUUAAGGAUCGACUGAUGGACCUUGUUAUGGAAGGGAAGAGGAUCAGAAGAGAAAGGAGAAAGAGUGAAAUGAACAAUGAUGACAAUAGUAAUUUUAUCAUGAAAUCCGAGGAGGCAUACAGGGACUAUGGGGAAUUUUAUGAUGAUGGUUUUGAGAAUUUAUUUGAGUCCGAAGAUCCUGAUUGGGAUAGUCAUUUUGACGGUGAUCAUGAAAGUGAUGAGCUGCUGGGGGAAGGGGUGACGAGAGACUUUUGGAUUGCAGAUGCUUCUUCUAGUCUCGGAGGGAUAGACGCACGUUCAGAAACUUGGUGAUAAGUGAAAAGUAAUCACAAUACUGUGAGCAAUUCCAGCUAACUUCCUUCUACAACCAAUGACUACCACGGCUAGCAGUUGGUAUCACCACUACUAUCAAUUGAAGAUGCUACUAUGCAAAGGCCUCAACCUUUAGCCAGUUGCAAGUUCAGCGAGCAUAGCAGAAGUUGUGACACAAGUGUGGAUGAUUUUUAGCAACAUUGUCGGGUAUUUCAAACUUGAAUCAGUUUUGACUUGACUCUGAAGAAUAUGCAGGUUAGUUUUCUUCAAGCAUGUACUGAUAAGAGAAGACCAUGUGGCGGGUUGGUCUUUUUCAAGCAUGUACUGAUUAGGAAGGCAAGCAGAUAUCAGUAGGUGACGCUUUGGUUGGAGGCUCUAAAGAGGGUCAGUGAUGUGCUAAUGUUGCAGAGGCAGGGCCUAAUUGUCAAGCAAUUUAGUUAGCAGCAUCACUGGCUGCUGGAAACGAUGGGCCUUUCUUACCAUUGAAAUCGACUCUGCCACGGUCUAUAAUAGUUGCAAGGGGAACAAGAUGGUUUGGAGUUGGAAGGCCAAGUUCAGGCUAAAUAGUAUGCGCAGUCGAUUCUAGUGUGUCGACAAGCAAAUGUAAGCUACAACUGUUCAGCUGCUAUUGUUAGAAAAUGGGAUGUCCCCAAUGGAUCAGAAUGGAAUACUCUUAUCUAGAAAAUUACACAUUUUAACUCAAAAUUUAUGUGUAGUCAGGGUAAAGUAUGUUUACUGCGGAUAUGAUGGUACUUGGGCUAAAGUCAGUGUGGAUAUUUUGUUCCAUGACGAAUAAAUUGUGCGGUUGUGCCCUCAUGUUUUCAA